AUGGAUAGAUUAACAUGGAAUAGGAACGUGGCAUCCGAAUCGCGACCCUCGAUCGUCAAAAAAAUGGCUCCGCAAGCACAAGCAACUGAGCCUCGGUUCGAGCCAUGUGCGGCAACCGCAUCACUGUUUCUAUAUGCGCAGGAUUCCACGAUCCUAUGCCUUCACCAUGACACACUCGCAGUCGAUCGUCGGUUCAGUAGUCACCAGGAAAAUAUUGAAUUUAUUUCAGUGGAUAAUGUGAGCGAGCGCGGUGCGGGUCGAUUGGUUGUCAGCUACGAUGUAGGCCAGACAGCAAUUGUAUGGGAUAUCUUUACGGGCACGGAAAUCGCCAGAUUCGCCUCUUUCGAGCACUUGCGAGUAGCCUCAUGGAUGCGCAACGGCAAUGUCGCUUUUGGUAAUGGCAAAGGUGAAGUAAUUCUGUUCGAGCCCUCGACAUCGGAACACAUUUCAGCGCGCACCAUUUUCGAUCCUAUUACUUCUCUUGCUCCGGCAAUGGAUUGUCGAACUUAUGCUAUUGGGUAUCAAAAUGGAUCAAUUCUCAUCGCAACGCUGCUUCCUCAAUUUACUAUUCUUCACACCUUAACCACCUCUCGCGGACCUUCUCCAAUUAUCUCGCUUGCCUGGCAUGCCUCCUCAUCGAAGCAGAAAUCAGAUAUGUUGGCAACACAAGCUUCAAAUGGGGAUUUAAGAGUUUGGAGUGUAUCAAAGCCCCCGGCGAAGGAGUCUCCCAGGGUUAUCCGUGUGUUGAAACGAUCCGAUUCUACCUCAGCGGAUCCGAAGUGGAUGGGAUGGUCCAAAAAUGGAAAGAUUGUGCAGUACCUCGAAGGAGAAACAUGGGCUUGGGAUGUUCGAACAAAGCAUGUAACAUACGAGCCGAUUCCUACAGUGGAUGGAGUGCGAGGACUGGCAAACCAUGGUGCCACAGCAACACUAUUCACCAUUGGUCCUAAUAACUCAGUUCAGCAGUAUGAUGUUGACAAUCCAGCAAUGGUGGCAAAUGUGCAACAUAUUCCAGUCAUCCCUCGCUCAGUCACAGCCGAUAGCCAAAGAUCAAAGACAAUGUCUCCUCGGCGCUUGCAGGAUCCUCCGGAUAUUCGGGAGCCGUCGACCACGCGACGAACGCCAUUUGAUUCAAACGGACUUGACAAUCUGAGGCAACAGAGAGCCGAUCUGAUUAGCCCGGCCUCAUCACGAAGCCGAACUGAAUCUGUAAGCUCUAAGGCUUCAUCUGGGAAGUACAGGGCUGGUGCAUUCUCGCCACCCAGCCGAUCAGGACAGACUUCGACAACUUUUUCGCUGACAUCGGCUGGCCGCGAUACACCACAGCCAUCGGCCGGCUUCCCGUAUGCUUCGUCGGUUUCAAUGUCGUCAGUCAAGAGUUCUCGCGCUGGAUCUAGAUUGCGGAACGAGGUGCAGAUGAGUCCGGCUGAGCGGAAUAUUGUUGAUCUUUUCCCAUUCAUGCGGGCACGUCUAAAUGAUGUGCCCUACAAGUCGCAGCCGCCUUUCGAUGAGAACAAUCUGACCCCUGAUGAUCUACGGCAACAAAUGCUGAGCGUUGUCUUUGGAUGGGAAGGGGAUAUUUCGGACUUGAUUAGAGAUGAGUGGAGUCGACAUGCACCCGGAAGCCAAAGUGCAAUUCUUUUGGCGCAAUGGCUUGGGGAAACCGACACAGAUCAGAUGGCUGAGAUGAUUAGUACUGGACCUACGACUACAUCGGAUUGGAUGCUUCUGGCUUUGAGUCAAAUGAGUGGACAGGCACAGGCGAACAAAGUUGGACAGAGCUUUGUGCAAAAGCUACUGGAAAUUGGAGAUAUCCAUACUGCUGCUUCCAUUUUGCUUGGCCUGGGAGACAGUAAUGAUGCUAUCGAGGUCUAUGUGUCGCAAAAUCACUUCAUGGAGGCCAUCCUCAUGACAUGUCUCCUAAUGCCAUCAGACUGGCAACGCCAGUCAUAUCUCGUGAGACGAUGGGGAGAGUACGUGGUUUCGCAUUCCCAGCAGCAACUUGCCAUUCGAUGUUUCAUGUGCACUGGUGCCGAACCUUCUGAGCCAUGGACUUCACCAGCGGCCCAACAAGCAGCUUCUUUCGCCGAGAUCAUUCGGGGAAAAUCACCAAUGACCUCGCCUGACCCCAUGCAAUCCAUGCAACAAAUGAUGCCUCCAUCUCGACCAAAGUCAGCAUCUAAUCAACGCUCCGCUGGGAAGACUCCUGCGCUGAAACUCAUCACAUCCUUCGACUCGCAACCCAAUAAUCGGUUCCGAUUCCCUGGAUUGAAGUCAGAUGAUCGGACACCAACAAACGCACCUGGUGUUACACCCAUUGCAGAAUCCGCUGUGGCUGACUCGGCCUUGUCCCCAGGUGGAUUGGGCUCCUGGAAGCUCAACAACAUUCAGAGUUUGAAUCAAGCAAUGACAUCCCGGACGAAUACACCUGCGUUUAAUCGGCGCCGUCUUCCUUCCAUCGGCGAAACUCCGGUAGAUGUGCACCCUCCAACAUUCUCUCGGUCUCGUUCCUACAACACUAGUGGUUAUGGCUCAACCUCAGAGGCUGAAGAAAUUAGCGGUCAAGAGCAGAGUCAGGAUGAGUCCGGCGAUGGACUGUUACUUUCGGCAACAAAAUAUACACCGGCCCAGGAUUCUAUGAAACCAAGCCCCCAGACUGCUGUGCAAGGUUCGGAUAGAUUCGCAGCCAUCAAAGGACUCCCAUCGCCCGCAGCAGGAGUCUUUGAGGCAUUGCAAGACCACUCCGAUAUUCGAAAUGGCUCACGGGACAGGAAACCGAACGGACUCCAGAUCGAACUCGUUGACACAGAAGAAGUUGCCAGCCCACGCAACCAUUCUGGCUUGCUUCAUAGCGCAAAGAGCACCUCCACGGUACACAGCUAUACAUCUGCCAAGAGCCCCAGCGUGAGCAGUCGUAGCAUAGACCAGUAUAUCAGCAGUCUAGACGAAGCAAACUACCACGCAAAGACUCACCGCAGCCACCGCUCCGGCCGAAGUAGAAGAAAUACAGACGACGCUACUAGCCAGAACGCUCAAAUUCAGCAAGCUCGCGAAGCAUCCCAGGAGAACCGUGGCCGGAACGAGCGCCGAUAUAUCCAGCCCGCGAAACGAUCACCUUCAUCUCCAGUCCCCAUGUCGCCUGAUGAACUCGCACGCUACCACAUCGGAGAAUCGGAGAAACGAGACGAAACACGAAAGAAGUCACACUCUCGUGCUCGAAGCAGCAGCAGAAUGAGAAAGGCAGGGUCCCGCAAUCGCCAGCGUUCUUCUAGUCGACACACCGCAAGCCGCGUUGCACUGGAACGGUUAGAUCCAUCAUCCCGUGGCCGUAGCACGGAUCGUCAAGGCUCGAUUGCUCGAUCGCCGUCCUCGCCUUUGCCAAUGUCUUUGCCGAUGACGCUUCCCGGGCAGGAACCCCAAUCCGAUGGGGCGGAUGAUCCUCUUCGGAUUGUUACUGGGAAUAGGGAGAGACUUCGUUCGCAUCACCGCAGUGCGAGCCGUCGUCGUACGGAACGAGGAAAUGGUUCUAGACGGGAGGGCUCGCCUGAGUCUAAGAACAAGGUUUCUCAGAGUGUGCCGGAAAUUCGUCAGGGGGGUGUGGAGAUUGAGCUCCCGCUUCAGCCUGAAGGUCUCGAGCAGUUGAGCAGCAGAGCUUUUGGACAAGAGCCUGUUCUGAGUGCUAUGGCUUUUGGGCAAGAUGAGACUUUGAGCCCUAUGGUAUUUGGACAAGAAAGCACGUUGAGUUCUCAUGCUUUUGGACAAGAGGAUACCCUGAAACCUCAGGCUUUUGGCCAAGAAAGCACCUUGAGCAGCCAGGCAUUCGGACAGGAUGUUUUGGGUAGCCAUAUUUAUGGACAAGAUGAUCAGAAAUUUGGACAAGAGGAGGUUUUAGGCGCGAAGUCCUUUGGACCGGAGGCGACCUUAACCAGCAAAGCCUUUGGGCAAGAGGAUGUUCUGAGCAGUAAGGCAUUUGAAAAAGAUGCCUUUGCUCAUGGCCGCAGUCAAAGCAGGCCCAUUUCGACCACCAAUGAUCCCCAGGAGCAAGUCUCUCCAACAACGCCAUUUGUGUCUCUGGCUGAGAAGAAGAGGAGAGAGUUGGCCGCUGCUGAACUGGAAGCACGUCGACUUUCUCUUGCACGCAAUCCAUCUGCACCCAACAUCCCCUUCCCAGGCGAGUUACAAUCCGCUCGAUCACCCAUUGAAAGCCCACCUCCAUUCCAUGGCUCCUACUUCCCCCGAGCACCAUCUCGAAACCAGAUCCCCCCAGCCAAAAGAUCACCUGAAUAUGGCAGCAGCUCCGACUCAAGCUCAUCAGGCUCACGGCCUCCUAUGGGGUUGCCAGCCACACCUCGAGCCAUGCGGCACCCUAAGUAUGGUGGUGGCCGUGAAGAACGACCACCCUCUGUUCCUAGCAUCCCAUCCGAUCGCCAUGGUUCUACGCACCUAGAUACUCGAUACCAAAGUGAAGCGGCCGAAAGAAUCGGAAGGUCCAUGUCAGUCCCUAUGCCAGAUAACCAUGCAUCCAAAUACAUGAACCCGCCCCCAGUUCCAUCCGAACUACCAAUGCACCCACACUUCAACCCCAACCUCCCCAGAAGUCGCUCCAGCAGCCGUGCCCGCAACAUGGGCCACCGUCGCACCAGUUCCGGCGGCUACGUCUCCGGCACAUCGCCCCAAGUAACCGUGAGCAUCGAGGAAACAAUCGAGAACGCAAUGCAAAGGACCCCUGCCCCACAUGAUCUAAUCCCACCACCUCCUCCCCCCAUUCUCCCCGAGCUCCAGCAUCUCAAUACCCCUCCACCUCCACCUCCGUUCCCAGUCUCCUUGGAUCCUACCUCCCCCCGUCAAUCCUCCGCCACCAUCGACGUUGCAAUCGAAAACGAGGAUAUGGGACGCAUGAUCCCUCGCGCGAUGACAGCCGCCCCAACCAUCCAUGUCAAUGUUGGCGGAGACUCGAAGUCCGAUAAACGUACCUCGUACGAGCAUCGUCGGAACCGUAGCUCGAACGAGAGCUUUGCGACCAAGUUGCGCAGUCUUACGCGUAUUCGAGGCAACAGCCGCAGCGUUGAGCCUUGGGGCACAGCAACAGAAUGGGGAUCUACUGCUAUAGAGAAUGAUAUGCCGUACGAACUGCUACACUCACGUGCUUAUACACCCGGACCGGGCUACGGUGUCUGA